AGCGACACAGACACUCAAUACCCAAAGCCGAAAAGGGCUGGACGAGAAGAUGAUGUAUAAGAUGAAAGAAAAGCAACUGAGCCAACAGGUUGAUCAGCUAAAGAAGGAGCUAGCGAUGUGCAAAAAGAAACUGGCCAAAGAAAUACGCAACUUUGAGAAGCAGGAAGUAAGGAGGUUGCUAACAGCAGACAAGUCAGUUCUAGACUCUGAAAAUGAAGACAUCAUCGUGGAAGGGAAAGGCCAAUUGGAAAACCGCUGCUCUGUUUCUGAGAGCGAGAAGAAAGACCUGAAAGAGAGACUUGAACAGUCUGAGUCUGAUAAUGCCCGAAUGAAGAGAGAGCUGGAUGAUUUGGCUGCUAAGUUUAAUGCAAUGCAAAGAAACAUGGAAAUUGCAAAGCCUCUGAGUUCGGGAAUUCAAGGAGAGGCUGUAAAGAAUAUCGAGGCUUAUGAAUCAGAGUUCGUCGAUAAAAUAGGGUUGGUUCUCGAUAAAACUAUAUCUAAUCGCAGCCAAGGCGAAAUUGGUGCUGGAGAUGAUCAAUACAAAAAGGGUAAUUAUUGAAGAAUUCAUAAUCAUAUCUUCGUGAGUCAAUUGACGGCUUUUAAUUAAAAAUUCUUCGAAAUUUCUUUGAGAAUCCAAAAAGGGUUUCUUCUAUUUCGUAGCUAAGUUUCAACCUAGCUGUAAAAACGAUUUUUAGACAUUUCAGCCUCAACUUGAGCAAACCAUACAAGUGUAGAAUUUUUCGACUUUUGUUUCGAUCUCCUUAUUACCAUGAACGUUUUUGCUCAACUUCAACUAACCAAUGAUUUGAAUUGUUCUGAAACUUAGACAAAGAUUGCUCUUUUAGGUUCAAAGAAUCGAAGUUAUUUGGAUCGAAGAGAGCAAGAGGUUUUGUCAAGGGGUGGAUUUAUCCAUCAUGUCGAUGACUUCUCCAACAAGAGUGAUGACGAAAUCAGCUUGGGAGAGUUUUCACCUCGUAGUAGAGAUGAGGCCUCUACUAAGAAAGGGAAAUGGAGGUUGAUAACGAAGACAAAACGUAUGAGGGAGACUGGAUACGACAGUUGUGAGGGUGAUGAUAUUUCUUUCAAGGGACAAGGGUUGGUCCUGGGAGCUGUUACGUACAGUGAGAGCAAGACCAAUCUUGUUAAGAUAAAGAAAGGAACUUUUCGCAGAAAGGAAAGGUAUAAAAAGGUUCAUUAUACCAUGGAGAAGAAAAAAGGCCUCAUGAGUUUUAUCCGUGACUGGAAAAUGAAAAGGCGUCUGAAGAAAACUCGGGAACCAGAAGUGUCAGUCAGCAGAGAUACAGUCGAAGGACCUGGUACAGAUAAUGACGUAGUUCCCGUUAGAAGUGAUUACAGUGAGACAAACCUUUGUCGCAAACAGGGAACCUUGUGGGAUGGCCUGCAGGGAAGUCUAGAGCAGUUGGGUAUUCAAGACAAUGCUCUUUCUGAGGAUAGUAGUGGGACAAAGGACCACAGAAUUGUGGCACAAAGGCAAGCAGAGAGACCUGCGAAACCCGAGAGUUCUAAAAAAGAAAAGGGAAUGAACGGAAGAGUAAAGAGAGAAGAUCUCAAGAGAAAGGGGUUGCUAAGCAGUUUGAGAGGAUGUUUUGGAGGUAGAAAAGGCAAAGUGUCAGACUGCAAUAGUGAAACAUAUGGGGCAGAGAAUACCCUGUAUAAAGAUGACACAAAGUCUAAUACAGGGACUGCAUCUAUGGAAUCAAAAACAGAAGUUCGCCGUAUUUUGUUUUCUGAUCAAAAUGAGCCUAAAAAUGUUCAAGCCUGGGUGUACAGCGCUGACAGUGAUGAAAGUGGGAGUUAUACUGGACAUAGAAUGUUGAAUAGGGACUCUCUUGUAGUUGAUGUUCAUCCGAUGCAAGGAGUUGAUGAUAAUGGAAAGGAUACUAGAGCUGAAAAAGAAAUGCAAUUGAAACGAACAAUCCUUCAGUUAAGGGAGGAAAAUGCACGGCUCAAGACAUAUGCUUCAAGAAACCAGCAGCAAAAUUCAUGCGAGGUUUGGUCAAGUAACCAGAUGUCAACUGAUUUCCAUGAGUUGCAAAUAGUGAAGAGACAGUUAGGGGAUGUAAGAAAGGAUUUGAGGGAAGCGGCAAGAAUUGCUGAAGAAGCAAAUGGUGAAGCUAGGCGUGCAAAGGAAAAUGAAAGCAAAGCAACUGCGGUAAUGGAAGAAUAUCGUAGAAAAUAUGAAGCACUCGAGGAAAACCACGAGAAACUGCAAAAAGAAAUGGAUGUUAUUCUAGAGGAGGCCAAAGGAAAGGAAUUCCUCUUUGAACAGAAGGUGCGAAAAAUUGCAGGCUACAGAGAGCAAAUAAAAGAAGGAGAAAUGUUGAGAUGUGAGCUCAAAGAAAGAUAUGAAGAAAAGGCCAGAGAACUACAAAAUGAAUUGGAAGUCUGUAAGCAAAGAUGUGCAGAAUUUGAAGUUCUGGAACUGGCAAAGGAUAUAGAGCGAGACAACGCCAUGAAGCUUGAGGAAAAAACAAAAGCUUUAGAGUCGAUGGAACAAACGCUGGAGAUGAAGAAACUCGAAACCGAAAGCAUGGGGAAAGAGAUCGAUGAGCUGCAAACCAAUCAGAUGGUUUUAAAAGAUAAGGUCUUGGAGCUAGUUGUGAAGGAAAGUAUGCUGGAAGAUCGAGAACAAGAGCUAGAAUCAGUUAAGGCCGAAUAUAGUGAACUCAAAUUGUGUGAGCAAGCCUUGGAAGAUGAAAUUAUUGAAAUGAAGUUGAAUAAUAACAUUUCGGAUGUGUUAAUAGAGCAACUAGAGAGUGUUAAGAGAGAGAAUGCUGAUUUGAGAACAAGCAAGGCUAAAUUGGAGGAGAAAAUAUUGGAGCUUGAAAUAGUUACAAUAAAAGAGACUGCCAACGAUAAUGGCAACUUGAUCGAGUCCCUACAAAAAGUGGAUUCGAAGUUAGAUGUUACUUGCCCGGAGGAAAGUGACUGUGAUGAAAGAAAAGAUGUCGGAAAUGAGAAGGAGGCUGUGUGUUCAAGUGAAGUCCUCUCGGAACGACAGAAAAGUGUGUCCAAUGGAGCAAUAGGACAGCAAAGUAGAACCAUGAAAGGGCAUGCAGAUGAAAAUGUCAUAUCGCAGUGGGAUGCAAAGACCUUUGAAAUCGAAGAUUCCCAAUUGGACGCUACCAAAAAAGGGGACCUGGCAUUGGAGAAAAAGGAGCUCGACCUUAAUGAGUACCCGAGUGACGAUUACUCUGAAUGUGAUGAUUACGAUAGAAUACCUGAAGAAAGAGACAGUGAAGACGAAACGACAGAACCAAUUGGUUCAGUUGUAGAGCAAGGGACAAAGCAAAGUGCUGAUGAUGAUGAUGAUGGCGAACAGGCAACUUUUGCUGAUGAUAAGCAAGGGGAACCAGUGGCCAGUGAAACGCGCUCCUCCUCUACCCUUGUAUCAAUGGCAAGGGGUAUAGACGAUCCCCUCUCGGCCGAGUCUUUGCUGAAGCAUUGUUUAUCAGUGAAUCGCGUGGUAUACGACAAAGAAGCGGUUAAGAGAGAGUUGUGCAUAGAGCAGUUUCCUUCGAUCACCCUUGAGGAAGGCGAAGUUGUGGGUUACCCAAAGGGAAGGUGCAAACAGUCAAGAGCAAAGCCAGAACAUUAUGUCGAUUUCGUACUGUCGCCAGCAGAGCUCACUGUCAAGUACGACCCGGGUUUUGAACAUUACGAGCCACUACCACCCUUUACAGAAACAAAAAAACCAAACAAUAAAAACUAAAUAUUUGAAACAGUAACAGUUUUAUUUUAAUUGAUUGAUUGUUACGACAAUACGUCGUGUGGCCAUUGUAAAUACAGAAAGUUUUAUAUUUUAUGAAUUGUGAAAACAAUGCUGUUCAUUUGUAGUUGCUCCAUCUUUGUUUAUCAGAUUUGCUGAUGUUUUCACAGGUGAUUGUAUCAAACUGAAACUGGUUACAGUUUUGCGUUGGCAAAAUGCGUAUCUCAGUUAUAAAGAUAAAGAGAUAUUGGUUUAUCUGAAAAAGGAAG